GUCACCGGAGGUUCCAGCGGGAUGGUAACUCACUCCCGGUGCGAUUUGGGACUAGCAGUUUAACAGGGGGACGAGAUGCGGAUGAACGAGCCAGGCGAUCUUUGUUUAUUCAGCAGAUUUGGUCACUACAUACUUCGCUACUUCACGUCCAGUUAUUCCCAAGACGGUGACACGUGAGGUCGUACGUAGCUCCCGCUCUUUCUCUCUUUCCCGCGCGCGCUCAUCCUCCCUGUCUCUGUUCCUCUCUCUCUUAUCACUGUGCAAUGAUUCCAGCAUCGCUCCCGGAGUUGUCUCUCGUUGAUACUUGAUAAAUAGAUACAACUGAAUCCUUUCCAAAGAGUUUUUUUCCCUGCUGAACAAGAAGCGGAAACGAUGUUCGAUGAAUGUGAUUUGUUUUGAAGUUGGAUUGAAAUUUGAAUGCUUGCGUUGCUUCGACUGAGACUUGAAUGCAGCAGCAGGAGUUGACGAGGAGAGGAAUGGACUCAAGGAGUUGCUGAAGGCUCCGUUGUCUUCCCCUUCGAGAAUAUGGAUGACAUAUUGAGGAAGACGUUCAUCGUGUUUCUAGUCGUUUUCAUAAAUGUAAAAGAUGUAGCGCCCAAGUUGCACAUCACGCGGAUGGCGGUGCCCAACAUCAUGACGACGGAGCAGCCCACCUGGCUGGACUGCGACUACGCCGGGGGCGGCGACAAGAUCUACGCCCUGAAGUGGUACCUGGGGCUGGACGAGUUCUACCGCUGGACGCCCGCCGAGAACCCGCCGAAGAAGACCUUCCCUAUCGUCCACGACCCCAUUGAGGUGGACAUCGAGUCCUCGAACGAGGGCAGGGUCAGGGUGAAGAGGCUUUCCCUGGAAGCCACGGGGGUGUACCGGUGCGAGGUGUCUGCAGAGGCUCCCUCCUUCCAUACGGAUUCCAAAAUUUCCUCCAUGAAUGUGGUUGAUCUUCCAGACUCCAGGCCUCUAAUAACUGGCGUCCAGAGGAGUUACAACUUGCACGAGGAAGUCAGAUUGAACUGCUCGUCCCCGCUCUCGUAUCCGUUAGCAAAUAUCACAUUUUUCGUCAACGAUGAACAGGCAGACCCUUCCUGGCUGAUCCCCUACAAGAGCAUCGAUGACACCUCCUCCCACCUUCAGACCGCUGUCUUAGGACUCAAGUUUAUAUUGUGGCCUAACCUCCUGAAGAAGGGGUCAGUCGCCGUCAGAUGCAUGGCUGAAAUUACCCCUAUUUACCGGGAUGAUAACGAGGCUUAUAUCCAGGUGGAUAUCCCUUACCACGCGUCCGUCAUGGAAGGGAGGGCGUCAUCCGCUGAUGGGCUUCUGUUGGCUACUAGCAGCGUGAUCUCGGCAUCGGCAGCGGCCGUGGCCAGUUUCGUCUGCCUGUUCCUGUGACACGGAGAAUCUUAAGAAGUAGAUAAUACAAUUUAUCUCAUAGUGUCACGAUUAUCUUCGAUCGAGGAUGGUGGUCAGUUAGAUAGGGUGGCUAUCCAUCUCACCAGUCAUUGGAUAUGUCGUCUAUCCCCAGCUGUAAAUAAGAGUGACAAACACUUGACGACAAGUGGGAAAGGGUGAGCACUUGUGAAUUUGUGCUCAUGAGAUCUUGGAAAAAAGUUCCUCAUCGCCGCUUCGUCUAGUUGGGCGGCUGGACUCUUGAGGGAGCGCUUAUAACCAAGUGUGGAGACAAUUGUGUGUAUAUUCGUGUGCUCCUGGCUUUUUUUUUUAUUUACAUUAUCAUGAGUGUUAUGUAAAAAUACUUAAAAGAAAAUGAAAGGAUACGCUUGAAAUGCUGGUUUUAAAGAGAUAAAGCAUAAACACUGUUGUAAUUAAAGUAGUGAAUUGUUAGUGUAAUCCACGCAGCGUUGUUAUAAAGAUUCGUGUAAUCUAGUACGAUAUUUGAACUCUGGCUUCCCCCUUCCAAAGGAGGACGUCCGUUGUUACGAGUUAUUCCCAAGAAGUCUGUGAUUUUUUUUCCGAGUAGUACCGGCGACAUAAUAGGAGAGAAAGCAGAUGACGAGAAGAAGAGCAAAGUGAAAUUAGUGGAGAGUGAAUAAGUGAGGAAGGAAGGUAGAAAGCUUCCCUGGUUAAGAACAGGAGGCUUUUAAUAUUGCUCAUGACUUGAAGUUCUGUGAUUGGGUUACAUUUCUUAAUUAAGACGUCCAUUGCGAGACAGAAAGGAACGAACGAGCCCUGCCUAAUUGGUGGUAAACUCACCCGAAGGUUGUUAGUUCGUCUGGACCAAACGCAGAUUGUCUCGCUCGCGCGAUUAACUGUAAUAUACAGGUCAAGGCCAUGAUACAGGUAACCCGAACUUCCUGCGAGGUCGAUUGGCACGCCAAACUCGGCGCGCGAGGAAUGUUGAAGACUCUUUGCAAGGUCAUCUUCAUGAUAUAUGUUGUCAGAUUAUAAGUGCUCGAUGGUAU